GUAUUGUGUUGUAAUAAUCUUGCUGGAGACCUGAAGGUGUGUCUCUGCCUAUAAAUACCACACUGCUUUUACAGCUAGCUCUGAGUCUUUUGAAGGAGCUGAGCUUCAUCGUGAGUUGCAUCUGGAUAACUCCAAGUACUGUUCGAGAUAACAAGCAAAACAAAGGCCAUGAAGAUCAAAAGCUUUGGACUUGUUUGUGUUUUGAUUCUGGUCUCUCAGAUGCUACUAGCUAACUGCGAAAGUCAGAAGGAAAGAAAAAAAGAAAGACAAGGUGUAGAAAAGGGUGGAAAAACCCAAGCUGAAUCUAACCAACAGAACGAAAAGGGGAAGUCAAAAGGAGGAAAGGCAUCACCUAAAGGCAAGUUUAAAACCAAAGAAAAUGCUGAGUGCACCUGGGCAGUGGCUGACAUCAAUGCUGCUACUGUGCACAUAGAAUGCAAGAAUGGUGAAAGCAAGUUCUGGUGCGAAUUCUCAGGAGACCCUUCCACCUGUCCACAGUAUGCAGCAAACCAGAAAUCCUACUGGAAACAAGUCUCCCGAUCCCUAAAAAAACAGAAGCAGAUCUGUCAAGACCCCAAAAGUGUCCUAAAAUCUAAAGUUUGUAGGAAAGGCCCACAAAGUGCUCAUCUCAAAUUGACAAGCUCAAGCCUGCUAAUAUUAAUGGGUCCUGUGAAAGUGAAUGCAGCUCAUCAUGCAAAGGAAGGUGCACAGACUGCAGCCUCUGCUUCUGUGACUAAAAAGCAGCCAGAACAAAAUUUCCAAGACUGUGUUGAAGAUAUAGAUUAUAUCGAUCAGAAAAAGGUGGCUGAGGAAUACUGUCCAGAAAGCUUGCUCUCUUUCUGCAACUUUUUUAUUGCAAUGGUACAAGACAAAAAGUGCUGAGAAAUGUUUGUAAAACUCUGAAUCAUGGAAAUCUGGUUUCAUCUAAGUUACUGCAAAACUAUUCCAGAUUUUAUUCUCAUGUUACAUAGUGUAUAUAAGAAAAAAAGGCAUACAGUUGUAUAUUUAUGCAUCUUUUCUGAUUUUUGUAUUUACAGAACAGACUACACUUGGCAUAGUUGAAGAUGUUAUAGAUUUAUUUGCAUAUAUAUUGCUAUGCAGGUGUUACCAAUAGAUGUUACAUAUUUGACAUAAAGGUAAAGAAGUCCCUCUUUGAGCUGUGCUAGCCAAAGUGAUGAAUUCAGUGCUAUGCACUUCUUGGUUGUGUACAAUACUUUUGACCUAAAAACUACUAAGAAAAAUAAACGUCAAAAUAUGUUCAAAAUA